AUUAGACAAAACCACAUCGAACAGAAUAACACCGAAUUCAAACAUUCUUCAUCUGAUGACGUCUGAGUUAUUUGAGUCGUUGUUAUUUUUAGAAACCGAAAGUAAAACGGGAGGAACACCGGGAGCACGCUUGGACUGCCGCUGAUCUGUGUCGCUUAUUUCUGAAUUUAUCUGAUUUCUCUUCGUCUCCGGAAUGCUGUCGAUUAUUAUCGUUUUACUGAAUCUCCUCAUAGAGACUUCAGUGUCGUUGACUGUGGUGGUUCCUCCUGAUCCUAUAGAGGCUCAUGUGGGAUCCACAGUGAUUCUUCCCUGCUGGAUCUCUCCUCCUGAGAACGCUGAAGCUCUGGAGAUCCGCUGGUACCGUCCAAAUCAGUUCAACAACCCUGUUCUGCUCUAUAAUCAAAAGAAGAUCCAGGACAUCCAGGAGGAAUCGUACAGGAACCGAAGCUCUUUGACUCUGCGGUCAGAUCAGUCUGGAGGACUGGAGGACGGAGAUGUCUCUCUACGGCUGGAGAAACUCACUUUUCAGGAUGAAGAUUCAUUUCACUGUUAUGUGAGUGGAGAACAUUCAUAUGACAGUGCACAGGUGGUUCUCAAAAUCACAGCUUUAGGAUCCGCUCCUGUCCUGUCUCCAAAGUCUCUAGAUGAUGGGCGUGUGAACAUCAGCUGCAGGUCCAGUGGCUGGUAUCCAGAGCCCAGCGUCUCAUGGACGUCAGAUGUAGGAAGGGAUCUCCGUCCUGGAGGAACGUCUCACACUCGUGGAGAAGAUGAGAUGAUAUCUACCCACAGCUGGACGGCCGUCUCUCUCUCAGACGCUCAACUGGUCUCAUGUUCAGUCUCUCUCAGAACUGGAGAAUUAAAAGAAGGAAGACUGGACAUACAGGGCAUCGUGUCUCCAGAUUCAUCAGGUACAUGGAUGGCUCUUUUCCUCAUCCUUCUCAUCUGUGUUCUUCUGGGUUUGUUUGGGCUGAUCCUCUACAAAUACAGACACAAACUAACAGGAAAGAAACCAGCUGAAGAAAACUGUGAGGAGGAAACUCUGGAGAGACUGAUAAAAGCAGUUGUGGAAGACAUGAAUACAGAAGAGCUGAGGGAACAUGCAGUUGAGAUCACUAUCGACCGUGAGCGUUUACAUCCAGGUCUGAGGGUUUCUAAUAACUGUAAAAUCCUGAGAGACAGUGAAGAAUAUAAACCCACUGGAGAGGGAUUUCCAUAUCAAUUAUGUGCUUUUGGAGCCCAAAUAUUCACCUCUGGUCGUCACUAUUGGGAAGUAGAGCUGGCACUAGAAAAUACACCUCCCAAAAUCUUCUGGAUGAUUGGUGUGGUGAAACAUGGAAACUUUAUUAUAAGAGACAGUUCUGCUUUAACCCCAUCAAGGGGUUUCUGGUUCUUGUGUUCAGACGGUCCUCGUGGCUUUUACACCAACACUGAUCCACCAGUUAAACUCUCUCUGACACCGAGACCUGAACGACUGGGAGUUCUGUUCGAUUAUGAUGACGGUCAGCUGUCCUUUUACAACGUCACAGAGAGAAAACAUCUCCUGACCAUCAGCAGCAGAUUCUCUGGAUCAGUCGUUCCUCUCUUCAAUCCUGGAGCAGGUGAUGAGAGUCCACUUAAAAUCCUGGAUCUUCCUAAACCUGUAGAACCAGCUGAACCCAGUCAGCCUUCACAGAAUAACAUGGUAACUGUAGAAUUAGAUGUAAAGGCCAGUGAUAAUCCAGAAACUGUAGAACCAGCUGAACCCAGUCAGCCUUUACUGAGUAACAUGGUAGCUGUAGAAUUAGAUGUAAAGGCCAGUGAUAAUCCAGAAACUGUAGAACAAGCUGAAUCCAGUCAGGCUUCACACAUUUCUACAUCAGACGAGAGCAGCGCAGUGGGGAUCAGUAACAGCUCAGACGCCAGACUGACCAAAGCAGUUUAAUCAGAAGGACAUACGUGCAUAAAAAAUACCUGAUGCAUGAAAAACUACAAACAUCUGUUAAAAUGUACUGAUAUGGUUCAGACACAAUAAUUUUUAAGAUUAGGGUUGAUUCCCAGUGAUAAUGCAUCAUUAAUUAAAUCAAAAAUCAAUGAAUGACAUCCUCACAUGACGUCAUUCAACCCUACAGUGUCACAUGACACAUCACAUUAAAGUGCUGUAGAUUUAAUUCCUCCCUUGUAUCAACUAAACAAUACUCCUAAUCAAACUAACACGGCCAGUCGAGGGGUUAACUGUUUAAUCAUCAGAUAUAACACAACACAACUUUCCCUACAGUGAUGCAAACACUGAAUGUGUGCAUGGAGCUGUGUGUGCAAACAUCUGCCUACAGUCACAUAAAGACCCCAGAGGAAAAUAAUAAACGUUUGAUUAUUAAUCCUGUAAAUACAAAGGCAGCUAACGGAUCUACAUACAUGUGCAAAUGUUUUAACAUGUUAGAGAUAAUUCAUGUUAGAUUUAUUUCAGCUCUGUUAUACA